AUGCAUAGUAGUUUGGAACCAAAUAAACGAGGGCCUAUAUUAAAAAAAGAUAAACAACUAUCUGAAUAUCCAGAGUUUGUUAAAGGAUACCAGAAAAAAUUAUCUCUAUUGUUAAAAUCUGGUAAACUUAAUGCUGCAGAUCAAAAGAUGUUGGAACACCUUUUUGAAAAAGAACUGGCCGGAUCUCCAGAAUUUUCUAAAGAAUACCAAAGGAUGGUAAAUAAUUUGCAAAAGUACGGCAAACUUAGUCCUGCGGAUCAAAAAAAAUGGGAAAAGCAUUUAGAAAAGAAGCUAGACAACUCUUCAGAGUUUGUUAAAGAAUAUCAAUCAAUGGCAAAUCAUAUGCAAAAAUAUGGUAAACUGAGUCCUGCUGAUGAAAAAAUAUGGGGACAUAUUUUUAAAGAUGAUUCUACUGAUAGUGGAAUUGGAAAAAAAGGACUAAACCAAGCAAAAUCCAUUCAAAAUUUGGAAAAUGAAAAUAUACAAAAGGAAGACUUGUUAAAAAAAAGAACUGAAGCGAUACUGAAUGUCAAGAAAGAAACGUUUUUAAAAUCGGAAAAAAAAAGAAAGAAGGAAGAAGAGAAACUUAGAAAAUUGAAAGCUCGUGAAGAGAUCAUUAAAAAAAAUGCUGAAAAGGUGAUGCAAAGUGAAGAACGUAAAAGACUCAGAGAAGAAGAAUUAAAAAAUCGUCGAAGAGAUGAUAAAAAAAAUGAAGAUGCUAAAAGAACAGAAAUUAUGAGAAUAAAAGAACACGAGGAAAGAGUAAAGUUGAAAGAAACGAAUGAAAAAAUCCGUAAACUCGAAGAUCUUGAGAAAGAAGCCAAAAGAAUACUUCAAGAAGAACAACAAUGGAGAGAAAAAAUUAAUAGAGAAUUUGCAAUGAAAAUGAGAUACACCAACGAUCCAAACAAUUGCAUUUUAGCCAUUAUACCGAAUUUAGUAAAUAACGAAGACGACUAUAAAAUUGGUAAGAAAGGAAAAGACAGAUUCAUUCAGUACACAAAACGGCAGUUAGAAAAAAUUAAAAAAAGGGACAAAAUUUUCGACUAUGGUAAUUUGAUGAAGGAAAUUAUUCAACGAGAACUAGGCAAUACGCAAAACAACCACCCAAAGCUCUACGAAAAUGAAAAACUAUGUAAUAAUCAAUCGUUAGAUCCGUACAGAAAAACUGCAAUGAUAGAUAACACAACUAGUCGAUGGAUACAAAAUAAAAAUGUAGUGUUUAAGAGUUGCUGUCCAUUAAAUAAUUUAGCAGACUUCAAUGAAUUGUACAUUCAAAAUGGAUUGGUCUCUCAUAAGCAUUGUAGCCUGUAGGCCCAACUUACAUAAAAAUUCAAGCCAAAACAAAGUAUCGAAAAUAAGCCGUUACAGUGACACUUUGAUUAACACGUUGGAAGAAGGACGUUGCCAAAAUGAUUUCAAAUAUGGAGGCACACAGACACACAUUUGUACAACGUGCUAAAGCCCACUGCAGUACUCACUGGGAUAAAACAACUCUAAAAUAAAUAAAAUACAAAACAUUGGUUAAAAACACGAAACCCAGUUUUUUCUUUUUAAUCUAUU